AUGUGCCAGUUCAUCCAAGUACAAGAGUUUUGCCCGUGCGGCGCCGACGACCUGUGCCGGCGCAUCGACGAGUCGGUCGAGACGCCGUUUGGCCUGCGGCACCUCGUCAACCAGAGCGGCCUUGUCACCGUCGUCUGCCAGCAGCGGCGCUUUCUCAUGUCGCAUGCGGCCUUUGCCGCCCGCGAGUGCCCCAACACCUCCGAGGCGUCGAGGGCCGGCCCGGACGGCGACGACUGCGCCUACGAGCCCUCGGACCGCAUGUGCCAGCUGUGCGCCGACUUUUGCGGCUUACCGCGCGGGGUUUGA